GAUCCCAAUGACUUUCCUUGUUGACCCGAACUGAAUAUCUCUGUUCCUUUGAGAUCUUCAUCAGCUUCCAUUUCACGAUCCUUUUGGCUACUCUCAAAAAUGCCCAAUUCAUCUUCUUUACUCCUAAUUUUAUCUGGCAAUCUCUUUCUCCAAGCUGCUCUUGCUCUCUCCUUCACUCUCCUUCUUCACUUCAUCAAGAUCCCUGCACUUUUGCUCUCUGGUCUUUUCACUUAUGUUCACCCUGAUGAUGUUGCUCCAAACAAUGCAUCUUCAAAUGGGGUUCGGGCAGCCAUUCGAAGGCCAGGUACUAAUGAUUCUGAGCUCAAACCCAGAAAGAAAUCCAAAGAAAGAUUUGAGUUUGAUGAAAAUAAAGCUCAGAUCUUUAGGUUAAAGCUUAGUGAUGGUCAUCUUCAGACAAGGAUUUAUUUCGAGGAUUUUCGUAGUGUUUUUAAUUCUAUUCUUGUUUCUCUUUCUUGUUUGUUGCUUCAUCGAUUCUUGCCGAAAUCUGAAGAGUCUGGGGUGUUAAAGAGCGGUUCUUUUGUUCCGAUUUUAUUUGGGUUUUUGAGUGUUGGCAGGAUUUUCGUUUUGAUUUUUAGGGUUUCGUUUGAAAGAUCUGCAUCUAAGCUGUCCGAGAAGCAUUUGAGUGUUCUUUUGGGUUUUCUUGGGUUUAUUGUAUCGCUUGGUAUUGUACAUGGGGCAGUUCCUAAAUGGGUUUUUGACGUUCAUUUGGAAGCAUUACAUGGGUUUGAGAAGUUGUUUAUUGCAAUUUUCAUGGGCUGUGUUUCAUGUUUUUUGUAUAUGCCAGCAGUGAGAAUUGCCCAUGCCUUUUGGCUUGGAACUGAUCAGCUUCGUUGUAAUUUGCCUAUUGUUUCGUGUGGAUGGUUUGCGCGAUUGCUUCUUCAUGCUAACUAUUUGGUCAUGGUUUUGACAUCAAUGCUUUGGGUGAAACCGUUUACUGACCUAUUACUUAUUGAUCAAAAUUCAAGAAUUGAAAAUGUUACAAAGUUGGUUGGAAAUGUGGGUAUGCAGAAGUCGGAAUUUAGUAGCUUUAGGCUAUGGUGUUUGUUGGUUUCGGGCUUAUUGCAGAUUGUAUCGUUGCGAUCAAACGUGCAGAUGUACUUGAAUGAAGCCGUAUUGUGUUGGUAUCAAAGACUGCACGCUAGCAAAGUUCCUGACUUAGCUUAUAGUAGGGCCAAGGUGUUCCUGCACAAUCACUUUGUAUGCCUUGUGGUUCUGCAAUUCUUUUUGCCUGCAUCAAUGGUACUUAUCUUCCUUGGCUUGUCUCAACUUGGUGACGAUUUGCUUACAGAUUACAAAGGGGUAUGUAGCGUAUUGCCUUGUUCUCUGCUAGACAAAGAGGUGGCUUUGUUUAUGGCCUGGUGGGUUCUCUUUGUUUGGACAAUAUAUAGUUCAGUCACUCUUGCUCUAUUUAGACAGGGAAUCUUGUGUGUAUCUUGAUCUAUUGUUUACUCGACUCACAUCAGGAAGCCGAGGUCUCUCUUUUUAUGAGCUUUUCCACAAGUGUGUCACAAUGUAACUAUACAACCCUUCAACUGUUCCUUUUUUUUCCCCUCAAAAUAUUCCUUCUCCUAAGAGUUUCAAUUUUGUGACACUUCUGAAAUUUUUAUAGAAUAUUUUGUGAUAAAUUUCUGAAUUUUUUAUAGAAUAAUAUUUUGUUUUCUCC